GGUUCAAUGCGCAAUGGCGGCAAGUUCAGAAGGCAGUGUAUUUUCGUGUACGUGGGACGAGGAUGAAAUUGCAACCUUCUAUGCAGCUAUAAAACGCUUUGGAACGAGGAGUCAUUCUGCUGUACGAGCGAUUGCUCACAGGAUUGGAACGAAAUCUCCCGUGCAAGUGAUAGGAAUUCUGCAUAAACUAGAAGAAAGACAGAGCAAGCUACACGUACCGGAUGACCACGAAAGAGAGCAAUUUCUCACACAACUUGCAGAAGAACUAACAGAUGAGGAUGAGUUAGCAGAUGAAGAAUCUAAGGCAGAGAAACUAAUAACUGAAGAAGAGAGAGCAUUCCUUGACGAAACACACAGAACAUAUGCAUCACAGACCGGCGUCCUCAACCCUUAUAACCUCAUGAAAUAUUCAAGAAGAAUGUAUGCUGAUUUGCUGCCAGAUCAGGAAGAAGACAUCGUACUUCCUGCUGAGACACUGUGGUUCUUGGAAAAGAAAAUGUGGGACUUUCUGGGGCUAAUAUUGAAAGAAGCACAUCGGAUGUGGGGUCCUCAAGCAACUCCAAAUUAUUUUUAUGGCAAAGCAAGAAAACCGGUGUGGGGUGACCCACAGAGAUUUACACUGAGAACUAAAUCGGAGGUGAUAUACGCUGCGAUGCAGACAGUCCCAAAUCGUGAUUUGGACGCAUUCUUUAGCAGAAUAGAUGAGUGUAACAUGACACCGUUUAGUACCGAAGUAUGUAAUACAUCUAGUGACGAAGACGAUUCAGUGAACAACAUGCAGGUAGGUAAAUGACAAUGAUGACUGACUAAACUGGAGAAAUCAGUUACUAUUACGACACGAAAGCUCUUUUAUAUAUAAGAGACAGACAACAUCUGUUGGUAGGGUAUACCACUCCUUACACUUGUAUGUAUAUAGUCAUUACUUAAUUGUACUGACUUGUUGUUUGAGUUGAA